GGAUACAUCUCAUUUAUAAAUAUAAGCCUGCCCACCACUUGCCACACACCACCGAACCAUGCACAGAACAGAAACAAUGAAGAUGGUGAACAAAGUGCAGCACCUCCUAGUGUUAAUAUGUGUUGUUAUCCCAGCGUCCCUGUCACAGCAAACAUGUACACCAAAGGAAAUACCGGAAAGUGUGAUAAACUGUAACACCCUGGACUCUGUCUUCCUGACAUGUGCCUGUGAUAUCUACAAAUCCUCCAUACUCGAUGUCAUGAGUACCGUGAGCUGCCUGAUCCCCGGACUGGAUUUCGGUAUGAACGCUCAACCCGAUCAUCCUUACCCUGAUAUGCCUGUAUCAUCUGGAAUGCGACUCGACACGACUAUCUCGUCGACGAUGUACCCGCCACCUGUAUCUGCCAUAUUCACCCCUCGAACCCCAAGUGGUGGUCAAUCAGAUAUGUUUUCUAUCUUCAAUGAGGAAUUGUUUGGUCUAAUAAAAAACAUUUCUUCCAGAAUUGGAGAAGAAGUUUUUGACAAACUUUGCGACGGCUUACCAGCGUUACAAAAAUGCGUAAGUUCAGGCUACAAAGAUUCCACAAAAGACGUGGAUGUCAUAUUGAGCAAGUUUUUAAAUUUGGACAACCUAGAACAAGCCCUUGCAUCGAUAUGUAAAAUCAAAUCAGAAAUAUUUGACAACUUUGAUUGCAUAGUAGAUGCGUCAUUUCCCAUGUCGGCAUGCGUGUUGAUGUCCAUGAGCGGAUUGUCACUUAAUUCGGCACAGCCUGGCAUAAUGUCCGGGGAGUUAGAUGCGCUCUGCCCACUUGUUGGAGACGCAUCCCGUUGUAUGGCGAUCCAGGCAAAAACAUGUAGCAACCGACUGGCCACAGAAAUACAGAGCUUAGUACCCGAUCUGCUGUCUCCCACUUGUUCUAGUCUAGCUAAAAAUGGGGCAAAUAAUCCCUAUAUGGCAACUCCGAUGAUAUGCGCCCUUCCAACACUGCAUACAUCACUCAGUGUUAUAAGUACAAUUGGCCCUAGCCAGCCGACUUCAGGAGAAACUGGAACCGUGAUCAAUUCUAUGAUUGAUGUAUAUUGCGGGGAGCUUGCCGAUAUCCUGACGUGUAUCCAUGAAGAGAUACCAACGUCCAUGAACACCAUUGACACGUUCAUCCGGUCGAUUAUUGACGUAAACCAGUUUGCAUACUCCAAAACUGUAGCCAGCUAUAUAUGUAAAGAAUCUAGAGUACAAGCUAUCAAAGACAUGAUACCAUGCGUGCUGAACAAUACCUUUGAUGUAAGCGUCUGCGUUAGCCCAUUUAACAGUCUGGGAUUUAACCUUACAACCAUAGGACGUAAUGAAACUGCAGAUAGAACGACAUACUGUGGACCAAUCAAGAACGUUAGCUCCUGCGCUGUAGACUCCAUUCUAGCCCCCUGUAGCCCCGACGUCGCCACCUUCGCUCGGGAUAUCUUCCAAACUUUGUUGAGGACAGAUUGCAAUGGCGUCAGGAACGGAAACUUGCAGGGCGUGAUCAACGCACAACGUCAAGAAAACACCGCGACGACCAACCAGAGGCCCCUACCGGUCAUCACUGUCCUCGUGUUCCUGUUCUUUCUGCUACUUUAGGACAACCCACAAAGACUUCUAUGUAAACGUUUCCUAACCGUUGAUAAGGUUGAUACCAUACAAUAUCGUAUUAAAUUUACAUGUUAAAUGUUUUGCUACUGUCACAUUGCAAUGUACAUAUCUUAUUUCUUACAUUUACAUGUAUGUUAUCUCAUGUAUUGUAUCCCGCACAGCGAAUCUACCAACCAAAUAUACUGGUAUUUUAUAUAACAAUCAAGACAUAUCUACAUGGGUAUUUUGUAAACGGAAACAAUAACAAUCUUUCCGUCAUACUCUUUAAGGUUAUCCUUAGCCUAUUAGAACGUGAUUUCACUUAUGACUUAAAUUUCAGAAUGAUCUCUGAUUGGUUUUUGUGGACUUAACUGUUCUGGACGGAACUGUUGUCCAUACACAUACAUUCUUUACGUAGAUAUGGCUGUUCCGUUAUUUGCUGAAUGAGUUUGUUUACAAUGUCUAUGUUCUAAACUAGAAGAAUGAAAUAUACAUUUGCUUGUUGAAAUUCACGUAAAAUUGAAUAGUGAUGUUUUGUUUUAAAAUGUGUGACAGUAUAAAAGGCAGUUCUUGAGAAAAUAUUAAAGAAUUUUAUUUCUGAGAUUCGGGGCGCUUCGUAGGUUCAAAUGAUCAGGUGUGUGAAUGCUCCUGAGUCGACAUAUAAUUCCUCAUCAUACGGAUACGUCCACACCUCUUUUGGUGACGUCAUCGAACACUCGGGCCUUAGAAUACCGCCACGUUAGUAAACGCCUUAUGUACUAGUGUCAUGACAUUAUUGGACUUCUAUAAUUAUACGUAUGUACUAGUGUCAUGACAUGAUCGGACUUCUAUAAUUAUACCUAUGUACUAGUGUCAUGACAUGAUCGGACUUCUAUAAUUAUACCUAUGUACUAGUGCCAUGCCAUGAUUGGACUUCUAUAAGUAUACCUAUGUACUAGUGUCAUGCCAUGAUCGGACUUCUAUAAGUAUACCUAUGUACUAGUGUCAUGACAUGAUCGGACUUCUAUAAUUAUACGUAUGUACUAGUGUCAUGACAUGAUCGGACUUCUAUAAGUAUACCUAUGUACUAGUGUCAUGACAUGAUCGGACUUCUAUAAUUAUACGUAUGUACUAGUGCCAUGCCAUGAUCGGACUUCUAUAAGUAUACCUAUGUACUAGUGUCAUGACAUGAUCGGACUUCUAUAAGUAUACCUAUGUACUAGUGUCAUGCCAUGAUUGGAAUUCUAUAAGUAUACCUAUGUACUAGUGUCAUGACAUGAUCGGACUUCUAUAAUUAUACGUAUGUACUAGUGUCAUGACAUGAUUGGAAUUCUAUAAGUAUACCUAUGUACUAGUGUCAUGACAUGAUCGGACUUCUAUAAUUAUACGUAUGUACUGUAUACGUACGGAAAGUGUCGGUCACUGUUAGCACGAUAUGACUGAUCGUGGGAAAAUACAUUGUAUAUAUAUGUACAUUGACGUAAUAGAUAGGGAUGAUAUAUUAUUACUGUAGACAAAUUCAUGCCUUCUGAGACACGUUUCAUUUUCAUUAGUAUUUAUCUAUAUAUUAAUCUCUCCUGACUAAAUAUAAUGUAAAUACUUUAUGUUUUCGUUCCUCAUUUCACCACACGUGAUUAAAUUCAUCAAGGCAUCAGUUCCAUUCGUGUUAAAGAUUCAUGAGCUCAUCAACCCAUUAUUCAUCAACUCACUUUUCAAUCAUUCGCGGUUCAUCUUAUGAUCGUUACAUCACAAACUAAUUGAAAUCUAAAAAAAACUACACCUCAUUGAUGAUCUGUUAUCACAGAAUUUCUCUAAUAAAAUAUUUUUCAUAA